AUGGCUUCCCAAGAGACCCAGCAACAGUCGUACGGAAUUAAAAAGAAACUGUCCUACAGUCUUCCGAGCCCCGGUCUCUUUGACCUUGAGCGAGGACCCGAGCCUGGAAAUCUUUCCCCUUCUUUCACCCGAGGUUCUGACGACAUCCCUGGGUCAGGAGCCUCUGACAAGCCAUUGAAUCCUGAAAAUGGGUCUCACGGUCACGGGAUAGGUCACUCGAUCAGUAACGUGCUUCAUCGCACCUUCACCCAGCAGUUUAGAGCUGCGGAUGGCGGUGAGAAGGAUUCUGGCUUCAGAGGCCUCUUUAAGAGAGGAGGACAGGCCUCCAAGAACUGGAAAAAUCACAUGGUUGCCGCGCUGGGCGAAUUUGUCGGUACUACCAUGUUCCUAUUCUUCGCGUUCACUGGAACAGCAGUUGCAAAAAUACCAGCAGGUGAUGGCUCUUCGGGCUUCAAUAUUUCAGUCCAGACUUACAUUGCUCUGUGUUUCGGAUUCUCCCUUAUGGUCAACGUGUGGGUCUUCUACCGCAUCUCGGGUGGCCUGUUCAAUCCUGCUGUCACUCUUGCACUCGUACUCAUACAGGCCAUCUCGCCUGUGCGCGGUAUAUUCGUCCUCAUAGCCCAACUGCUGGGCGGGAUCGCGGCGGCGGGACUGGGCGAGCUCCUAUUUCCAACUCCACUCGACGUUAGCACCUCCCUAACGGACGGAGUUUCCCUUGCACAAGGAGUCUUCAUUGAAGCAGUCCUGACAUUCGAGCUGGUUUUCACUAUCUUUAUGUUAGCUGCCGAGAAACACCGUGCCACAUUUGUGGCGCCAGUGGGCAUCGGUCUGGCCCUGUUUAUUGCCGAGAUGAGCGGUGCUUACUAUACUGGCGGGAGCUUGAACCCUGCCCGAAGCCUGGGCCCAUGUGUCGUUGCAGCGGAAUUUCCCAGCGAGCAUUGGAUCUAUUGGGUUGGUCCAGGUAUCGGGUCACUGGCUGCGUUCGGACUGUACAAGGCUAUCAAGUUGUUGCAUUACGAGAGAGCAAAUCCGGGACAGGAUUCUCCUCAGUAA